GGCAGUGGACACACCUCAGAAGGACAUUACUGGAAACUGCAGGAUUCCUCUGAGAUUAGUAAAAGCAGGGGUUGAGAAGAGCUUAUUUUCAGCAAUAUAGGAAAGACUAUAAUAUAGAAUAAACCCGCUGAAGGCAGACAACAUCCAUGGCUUCAGCUUGUGUUGUCUUGGUCUUGUGGGUGGCUGGAAUUUGGGAAGCUCUGGAGAUGAGCGAUGCUGCUACAGCUGUCGGCAGCAGUCAAGAGCAGGGGGCCUCAUUUCCAUGGCAUCAGUACCGUCUUCCACGCACCCUGGUACCUGAGCAGUACUACAUCUACAUCCACCCAGACCUCAAUACGAACACCGUCACUGGUCGGGUGCAUAUCCUGAUGACGGCUUUGAAUAGCACGACCUCUGUUGUGCUGAAUGGCAAGAAUCUGUCCAUAACGGAGGCCUUUCUGAAAGAGCUGACCCCACACCACGGCCAGGAAAGCAUCUCAGUCCGCGUGCUGGAGUCUGUCCCCAAUGAGCAGCUGGCGUUCAUCUCCGAGAUACCCCUGGCAGCAGGGAGGAAAUACCAGCUGUCUAUCGCAUACAACACCACAAUCUCCACCGGCUUCUCUGGGCUCUACAAAGCCUCCUACUGGACAGACAACACAAUCCCAAGGAUUUUAGCUGCCACUCAAUUUGAGCCCACCUCUGCCCGGAAGGCUUUCCCCUGCUUUGAUGACCCCAGCAUGAAGGCUGUGUUUUCGAUUGUCGUUGUGCGGGACUAUAAUAACAAGGCCAUCUCCAACAUGCCCAAGGUGAAGACAAAGCCGAGGGCUGAUGGACUGCUUGAAGAUCAUUUCCUCCACAGUGUGAGGAUGAGCAGCUAUUUGGUCGCCUUCGUCAUCAGUGACUUUACAUCCAACGGCACAAAAUCAAAAUAUGGCACUAGGGUGUCCGUCUACGCCCCCCCCAAUCAGAUCGACCAGACCUCCUAUGCUCUCGAUGUUGCGGUGAAGAUCCUGGAAUUUUUUGAAGAAUACUUCCAGAUUCGAUACCCUCUUCCCAAAAUUGACUUGGUGGCCAUUCCUGAAUUUGAAUCUGGAGCCAUGGAGAACUGGGGUCUGGUCACCUUCCGCGAGACCAGCCUGCUGUAUGACCCCAUGACCUCCAGCGAGAAGAACAGGCUGUGGAUCAUGCUGGUCACGGCCCACGAGUUCGCUCACCAGUGGUUUGGAAAUCUGGUCACCAUGCAGUGGUGGAAUGACUUGUGGCUGAAUGAAGGUUUUGGAAAUUAUAUGCAGUUCAUCGCUGCAGACAAACUGGAGCCAAGCUGGUGUGUGGAAGACCAGCUGCUCAUUGUGAACGUCUACAGAGCUCUGGAGAGGGACUCCUUUAGCUCCUCUCACCCCAUCUCUCUGCCAGUGAAGAACUCCCAGCAGAUUAGGCAGAUGUUUGAUAUUGUCUCCUACUGCAAGGGUGCCAGUAUUUUGAGAAUGAUCCAGAGCUAUCUGAAUGAGACGGUAUUUACUGCUGGGAUUCGAGCCUAUUUGAAGCAGCACAGUUACAGCAAUGCACAGCAGGAUGACCUCUGGAGCGCACUGACAAAGAGCGCUCUGGAGCACAACAGGAGAGUGGAUGUAAAAGCUAUAAUGGAUACCUGGACGAAACAAAAAGGCUACCCUGUGGUGUCCGUGCAAGUCUCCGGACAGAAAGUGAAACUGCAGCAGGAUAUUUUCACUCUAUAUCCCCAGAAUGGAACAGGGUUCCUGUGGCAGAUUCCAUUUACGUUUUAUUCAAGCACCUCAUCAUCUGCCACCACCUACCUAAUGAAGAAGAAAGAAGAGCUCAUCAGUCUCCCUCACGAAGUGGCCUGGAUCAAAGCCAAUGUCAAUUCCACUGGCUUCUACAGGGUGUCCUACGACCUGCCCACCCUGCACGCCCUCGUCAGACAGCUGCAGGAGCGUCACACAGUGUUCAGCCGGAUCGACAGAGCCAGUCUGAUUGAUGAUGCCUUUCACCUUGCCAGCCAGGGGUCGCUGCAGUACAGCGAAUCAUUCGCCCUCAGCCUAUACCUCAAGCAUGAAGAGGAGUACUUGCCCAUACGGAUGUUCGUCUCUCACAUGGGAAAGAUUAUGAGUAAAUUAUCUUUCGGCAGACAGAGAUGUGUUUUCCACUUGAUCAAGACUCACCUGUGGGAAGUGCUGGAGAGGCAGAUCCGGGCGCGGAGCUUCGACGACAGCGGCUCCCUGCCGCAGCAGGACCUGCGGGUGCUGCUGCUGUCCCUCGCCAGCGGGAUGCCCUCGCUGCCCGUGAGGCAGCGGGCACAGAACAUCUUCCACAGCUGGAUGGCAAACGACGGGAAGAUCCCGCUGCCCAGGACCCUGCGAGGUCUGAUGUUCCGUGAGGGUGUCCGGAGAGGCGGGCACAGGGAGUGGAUGUUCGUGCUGCAGAAGUACCUGCGCAGCGUCUCCAGCACGGAGAAAGCGCUCCUCCUGGCGGCUCUCUCCAGUACCAGGAAUCUGAAGAAGAAAAUCUGGCUGUUGAAUGCUGCGCUGCAGAACCAAGCCAUAAAGACGCAGGACUUUAUCAUCUUAGUCAGCCGGAUGGCGGGCAGUCUUUGGAGCAAUGAGCUGGUGUGGAGGUUUGUGCGGAGUCACUGGGAGGAGCUGGUGGAGAAGUUUUCUUUAGGCUCCUCAUAUUUGUCCCACAUCGUCAAUUCUGUUAUAUCAAGAUUCAGCUCUACAGAGAAGUACAAUGAGGUGUAUAACUUUUUUGUGUCUCAGAAGAAACUUGGACAUCUUGCCUUUGUCGAACAAAGCCUAGAAAUCAUCAGAUUGAACAUGAUGUGGCUGAAGAGGAACACAGGCCCAAUCAAGGCUUGGCUGCAAAAAAAGUAUUCCCAUAGCUAUGUGACUUACAGGUACUGCAGAAACAGGACCACCUAUCGCUAUGUCUGGGGAGGAAUGAUACAGAUUCAUUACUAACUCACAGGGAAAGGAGAUAAUGGUUUAGAAGUACAUACUGUAUGAAAUUAAUCAUGGUUUUAAAAAUUCAUUCUAUACAUUCUAUUUAUAAUUAAUCAUUAGUAUGUGAAAUGGAUAAUUGAAAAAAUAUGUAAAGAUAUAACAAUAAAAUCGCAUACUGCUGUUCUGAGGGCAGCUUGAUACAUAUUUGUUGUAGAUUAAAGAUAAGGGUACAAUGGGUUUAUAGGGACAUAUUAAUUUACCAGGGUUUUAAAACUGGUUGAAAAGGACAGUUUAUUUAGAAUAUGAGUUCUAUAGAGCAUGCUUUUGGAAAAUUUCAGAAACAUGAAAACUCCCAAUGUUUACUUUAACUGCAAUAAAGGUAUCAAAUGGAUUGAGCCAGCAAAAAUAAGAGUGAAGUAUAUUAUUUAUAAUACAGGUGUAUCAAUGUGUUUGGAUGUAUAAGUGUUGCAUUCAGAAUAAAAUAAUUACUACUC